AUGAGUAUUCUCACACAGGCGGGCAGGUUUCUAAAUACCAUACGAUCCUCCGCGACCGUAGCUACCAACGGCGCUGCAGCCAGUGUUCUCAAGUCACCGUUGGAUCGUUCGAGUUCCCUUUCUGACGUCGGUCUGCAGACGCCGCUUCAGAGAGAUGGCUCCAGUAAAAAUGAAGAGUUUAUGGUCGACAUCGGCGAACUAUCGCGAGCGCGGACGAGACAAGCAGAAGCCGAUAAUAAAGGAGCAGUGGGAUGCACUGGUGUACCACAGAGACUCUUUGGUGCUGCUACAGUAGCUCUUGCCGCCCUCGCCCUUUCUCAUCACUGCCCAGCUCCAUCCAAUGCCCUCAGUAUGUGUGGAACAUCACCGGGGGUUGGUAUUGGAGGCCUGCGACCGUCAAACUACUUGAAAUUCGGCGGGCAGGCCGAAGAGUUUGAAAACAUUCCCACAGUCAAUCUCGGGCCCGUGGGGGAUGGUAACUACACCAACGCUACCAUCUCUCCUCUUCACGCUGCGUCGCCAACAGAUGCGUUCAGUCAUCUCUUCCCAGCUGUCUCGGAAGAGGCCAAAAAGGUUUACGAGGCCGGCAUUGCCCAAGAUGAGUGUCAGACCUGGAGUGAUUGGAUAGGUAAGGGCGCUCAGUCCGCCUACAACCAACUUCCCUCUCGCAAUUCUAUUGUUCCGGCCACCCAGAACAGAUUUAGCGGAGCAAUGAACGUGGCGACUGAUUAUGCUUCAGCCGCCCAGAAGGUAGCAGAAAACGCGAGAGAUGAGGUGAAUGGUUGGGUUUCCACCGUUCGAAAGGGACUAAACGACGGGAGGAAGGUGGCCACUGGGUAUGCUUCAACAGCAUAUGAGCAAGCAAUUGACAUGACCGCUAGAGCACAAGAAAAGGUGAAGGCUGUCUCAGAAGAAGUAUCGACUGCUUUCCAACAGAACGUUGCAUCUGUCAGGAAUACUCUCAGUGGAGGGUAUAAUACCGCACAGCAAAUUGCGACAGGAAUGAUUUCCGAUGCCGGUACCAACGUCUCUGACUGGUGGGCCUUGGCAAAGGCAGUCUCCGAGUCCGAGAAUUGGAGGGAUCACGUCCCAGCACGGGCAGGACGCCGAUAUAUCUCGCAGCAGGCAAGUAAGCUGGGAGAAAAGAUCCAAACUGGGUGGGAAGAAUUCCUCAGCAGAGUUGGGACUGGUCUUGCCGACGUGAUUGCUGCUUUGGGAUCCUGUGUGGAAUCUGUGGCUCAAGGGGCCCAAUCCGGCUUCCGCUCUGUUCUUGAAACAAUGAGGGGUGUCACUGAUAGGAAAUUCAAUCCACUGGCCGGCUUGGCAAGCAUAAGUGUCACUGAGGGACUGGCGGGUAUGGGAGUCAAAGGAUUGGCAACGACCUCAGGAUUCUUCCCCAAGCUUGGAGUACUCAGGUCAAGUCUUAGCUUUCCAAAAGUUGACCUAAGUGAUGUCCACUCGGUACCCAAUAGUCUCUAUAGUCAGCUUCUAAGCCAUCCCGGCAACGGCACUGUUGCCACCAAAGGGAAUCAGGGACCUUCCGCACUGCGCAGAAGAGCUCCCACCCAACAAACGGUCAUGUCUACCGCUCCGAAACCCAGCACAUCUUAA